AUGAAAACUGGGAAGGGUAAUCAAGCAGAGGAAGCAAAAGACGAUGAAGAGUUUUGUGCUAGAAAAGAUGCCACAGGACGGACUAAUAACGCCGAAGAUGGGAAGAAGGCUAAUGCAACUAGGUCAAAGCAUUGGAUUACCGAGCACGACCAGAGGAAUAAAAUCAAUGACAGGUUUCAAAUAUUGAUUGAACUGAUACCCAGUAGUGAUGAGAAGCGAGAUACUGCAUCAGUUUCAUUGGAGGUUAUUCAAUAUGUAAUUGGUGACCAUGAUAGGCCAUUCUUUCUUUUAGCUUAUUAUAUACUUCUGCUCUCAUUAAGGAAAACCUAUACACUUCUUGUCUAUGAAGAAUAA